AUGGAGAAACAGAUGGUGAACUACAUGCAUCACACCCCAUCUAACCUGGACUUCCGAGGCGUGCCACAGGUCUCCCAGCCCUGCCUUUCCGCGCAAAGCCCUUCAGCAGCCCACCACCGCCAAGCCGCGUCAUCCACCUCAGCCCCCUCCCGGCCGUUUAACGGCGGGCGCCCCCUCCCCGGCGGGCGGGGCGUGCGCACGCGCGGGGCCGCGGCGCGCGACCUCGGAAGGGGCGGGGCGCUGCGCGGCGAUGCGGCCGGCGGGAGCAUGACAGGCGGCGGCAAGCGGCGGCCGCGCGCGGCGGCGGCGGCGGCGGCGGCGGCGGAGGCGGGGGGCGAGCAGUGUGAAAAAAAUGGGGAUGCCAAGAAGAGAAGGUCAAAUCAGGCAGAUAUACCUGAUGCUCUUCGUCAAGAAGCAGAAACGUGCUACCAGCUUAGGCUACCUGAAGACUUCUACCAAUUUUGGAAGUUUUGUGAAGAACUAGAUCCUGAAAAACCAAGUGAUGCACUUGUGUCAAGUGUUGGACUUACACUGGUUGGACCAUAUGACAUUCUUGCUGGAAAACACAAAAAAGCAAAAUUAACAGAUGUGAACUUCAAUCUUCAUUGGAGAUUCUUCUAUGAUCCCCCGGAAUUCCAGACUAUACUUGUCGGGGAUAGCAAAACACAGUAUCAUAUGGGAUAUUUCAGGGAUGUGCCAGAUGAGCUUCCGGUGUGGGUUGGUGCAAAUGAAGCUAAGAAGAACUGUCUGAUUACCCCAGUUGGUGACAAUGUAUUUGCUGCAGUCAAAUUAUUUUUGUCAAAAAAACUUAAGGAAGUGACUGAUAAAAAGAAAAGUGCUGUUUUGAAAGAGAUAGAUGAAAAACUAACAAGAACAGCAAAAGAAUUGGGUUAUUCUCUGGAACAAAAAACCAUGAAGAUGAAACAGAGAGAUAAGAAAGUGGUGACCAAAACAUUUCACGGAGCUGGCCUGGUUGUUCCUGUAGACAAAAAUGAUGUUGGAUACAGAGAACUUCCCGAAACAAAUGCUAAUCUUAAAAAAAUAUGUAAGGCCAUUGUUGAUGCUCCUACUGACGAUGAGAGACUGAAAGCGUUUGCCCCCAUCCAAGAAAUGCUCACCUUUGUUCAGUUUGCUAAUGACGAGUGUGACUACGGGAUGGGAUACGAGCUGGGUAUGGACCUGUUCUGCUAUGGGUCGCAUUACUUCCACAAGACGGUGGCGCAGCUGCUGCCGCUGGCCUACGGCCUGCUGCGGAGGGGCCUCUUCGCACGGAUCAUCGAGGCGCACCUGGCGCAGCGGCGGGACGAGCGCCUGGACCAGCUGGCGCCGUGACGGGCGGGGCGGGGCGCUCUGUCGGGCCGAGUAAAGCUUGCUUGCACACCCAA